GCGGCGCCGUGGAACACAUUACGUCAUCCUUUGGAAUCAGAUGACAAACCCGGAAGAGCGCGACGAGACUUCACGGGACCAACAAGGAUCAAAACAAAACCCUACAGCUUGAAUUUAAUUUGAAAUAUCAGCGCGAAGGAAGUAUGGAGGAUGAUGAACUUCCGUCAGAGGAUGGGAUGGGUGGGCGUGGCUUUCUACCUGCUGCUCAGUGUCAUGGCAGCAUACUACGUCUUUGAGGUCCACAGCUUCAGUUUGGAGCGCGUGCAGAGAGGAGGUGCCGGCCCAUCGGCUCCGCCUCCCGCCCUCACCACCCACCUGCCGCCACUUCCUGUGUGGAUGUGGGCGUUGAUCUUCCUGCUGCCUUACCUGCAGCUCUUUCUCUUCCUGUUUUCAUGCACGAGAGCCGACCCUCGAGCCAUCGGAUACUGCGUGCUUCCUGUCUGCAUCGCCCUGCUGUGCAGCCGCCGCCAUGCUGCCAAACCUGCCAAUCACAGGGCAGUGGGCUCGCUCAUCGAUACGUAGAGGACGACAAAUCAGAGAGCCUCCCACAUGGUGAGGAGUGGGACCACAGCAGGAAAAAAUGCACUAACAAGUCUGUGAUGUCACUUCCUGUGUGCCUUUAAAGACUCCAGCUGUUUUCACCCUUAGCUCAGACUGACAGGAACUGACAGGAAGUUCUGUGCCCUCAACAGACUGUCAGGGCCCUGUGACCAAGCCCCUCCCACCAAGGGGUGGGGGUGGGAGUCAUUUUCCUCUGUUGUUUUACUGUUGUGACGUCAUAUAGUGAACCCUGUGCUGUGAUUGGUUGCCUGGCUCUGGGUCAGAUAAUUUUCAUUAGUUACCUAUUUACUGAAGCAUCAGUCCUGUUGCCAUGGCUACCUUAUUAGUCAUUUAAAACUGGUUAAAUUGAAACCUCACACCUGACAGCCAAUCAGUGAGCAGGAUUCCCUGAUACUGGUACUUUUCUGUAUUUAAUUGGUCACAUGACACACUGGUUACCAUGAUGUCUUUAUUAUAUAUCAAUAAAAUGAAAACAAAAAAAGAA